AUGCGGUACAGUAUCCCGCUUGUAUCUUCUGGGGAUCCCAUCCACGGCCGUCCUAGUUUCUCCCAAAUCACCACGGCCGCUUUCCUGCUACUGUAUCAUUCUGUCUUACUUUGUUUCUUGACAGGUGCCGGCGGCCCUAGAUCUACUGCCGACUUCACAUAUAAGGCCCCGCCCCCCGCCCCCCUUGCCAUGUCCCCAUCACCUCAACCAGCGAACCAUCGGCCCGACAUCUCCCAUCCAUACUUGCGCCAUCUGGUCUUCUUCUUCUCCUUUCACACACGCAUCCAAUGA